AUGUGCGGCUACACACCCGAGGAGAAUGUGGUACGCCUACAGAACAGCCUCCGAGGAAAAGUGUUAGAAACCGUCAAGUGCCUGCUUCUACAUCCGGACAACAUUGGGAGGAUCAUGGACACGCUAAAGGCAAGAUACGGCCAGCCUGAGGCCAUCGUCCAUCAGCUGAUGGAGAAAGCGUGCAGCCUUCCGCCCAUCAAGGAGGACAACCCUGAGACGCUCAUGGACAUGGCAGUGAGCGUCCAGCAUCUGUGUGCCACAGCAGAGCUAGGGAAAAAGCUGACCCCCACGCUGAAACUGAACUGGGCAGAAUACCGGUGGAAGUUGAACACGGUCAGUUUAACGAAUUUCAGCGACUGGGCCUACACGCUGGCCAAGGCCGUGAAUGCAGUUAGCUUCGACAGUUCCCGAACACCAGCCGAAGCAACCCAAUUUAACAUUCACGAAUUAAAUAAUACUAAUCUAUUUGCACUAAAACUUGGCAAAGGAUUAAUCAUUGAGGAUUAUCAUGUUAUAUUCCAUGAAUUCAAUCUAAAUGAGUUCAAAAUUAUCCUCAAAGAAUACGGUAAAAUUGUCCAUACAUUAGAAACAUUCAUAAGCGCAACGGACAAUUACUCGGAAAAAAUAAGUCAAUUAGAAGUAAACAACAAUCUUGUUCAGGUGAAGACUGUACUCAAACAUAAAUACGAACAGGCAAUCUCCAUGAUUAAAAAUUUCGAAACUAAGAAAAAAUCCAAGCGAUCAAUAGACUUUCUAGGAAGCAUAAUUAAAGAUAUAACAGGAAAUUUGGAUCAAAAUGAUUAUGACAUCAUAAAUAAUCAAAUAGAACAGAUUAGAAAGGCAAACAACAUUUUGAUAACAGACAAUAAUGCCCAGAUCAAAAUCAACAGUGUGUUUGAACAAAGAAUAAAUAAUUUAACAGAAAUAGCACACAAGCAGGUAACCGAAGUUCACGAUAUUAUCAAAAUGUCAGGUUUGAGUUUAGACAGCCAGAAGAGCAUCAACAGAAAAUUGCACAUACACGACAUCAUAUUCGCGUUGGACAACAUUCGGGAACAACUAGACGUUAUCUUCGAAUCAACACAGCUGGCAAAACUCGGAGUCAUUCCCAAAGCUCUACUGCAGCCGCAAGAGCUUGAUUUUGUACUCAAUAUAUUAAAGGAUGAAGGACUUACAAUCACAUCAAACAUAGAAGCAUAUGAGUUUUUGGAAACAACAGCAGUUCAUAGCAAUCACAAAAUAAUACUGCUCAUAAAGAUUCCAAAAUUCAGAAAUGGAAAUAUUACCAUGAUCCAAGUUGAACCGAUUCCACACCACAAUAAGAUACUCAACAUACAGAAAAAGUACGUCCUAGCGAACGACAAAGAAACGUACUUAACUAACAACUUCAUUCGACUGGAAGAUUACUACGUUGUAAAAACGAAUGAAAUUCAAAAUGUCACGGACAAUGAGUGCGAACACAGACUGAUGAAAGCAAAACCAAGUAAUUGCGCUUUCACGCAACACUCAGAUAAUACGGAAAUAAUGCGUAUAGCAAAUUUUGGAGUACUCAUAAAAAACGCCAAAUCCGUAAUUAUCAAUAACACCUGCGGUUACGGUAACCGAAACCUUACCGGAUCGUUUUUCCUGCACCUUAGAAACUGCACAAUUUUCGUGAACGAACAGAAAUUCGAGGAAAAACAAUUGCAAUAUACAGCGAAACCCGACAUUAUUCCACUCAACGCAGUCCACAUCAAAGAGACAAUAGUCUAUCUUAAUGACAUUCAGAAUCUAACAAGGUUACAUAUAAAGAACCGAGAAAAAAUCAAUCAGAUUGAAGGCGUCAACCGACACUUGAUUAUACACAACACCACUAGUGCAAUCAUAACCUUCAUCAUAAUCCUCUCAAUCAUAUGGUGCAUGGUGACAAAAAUCAACCAAGUCAAGAAGGAAGUCACAAUCCGAGUACAACCAACAUUGACCCGAGACGGCUCAUCCUAA